AUGUUUGGAUCCAUGAGGAAGUGGUGCAUCCUUGGGGCCGGCAGACUAGGGCGGUCUGGCCGGUGGUCAAGAGAAGACUGUAAAAGGGACCCCUCUAGCGUAGCUGCCCAAGAGGUCAGCAGCGACGAGGAGCCGUAUUCGCCGACGUGGAGUCAAAGUGAUCGUGAGGGCGAGGGCCCCGAUCAGGCGAGAGAUUACGGUGGUGCCGUCGACGACCGUCUGUUUGCGGAUGCGGAGUACGCUGAGAUCCCGUACGACCCAGAGGCCGAUCUGAAAGAAUUUGAGCAACGAUUGGAAUCUGCGGUAUAUGAUGGAUUGGUCAACGAUAUGCCAGCGACGAUCGAGUUCAUACAACUGGCACUUGAACGGGCAUAUCCGUUCAUUCGGAAAAAUGCGCCUGGUGGAGAGCCGAUCGAGAAGAUCGAACGUCGCAUUCCGGCAGAGGGAUCGUUAUUGGCGAAUAUGACUGGUGGUGAGUCGUGGACUAAGUAUUGGCAAGCGAAGUCUGUACAAGAUGAUCCGCGUCCCUUUACUAGACCACCGCCGCAGUCCGUCCGAGGACAACGACGACCUCGUGCGUCGUUUGCUCAGGUCCAACGUCGUAACAACGACGACUGGGACAAUUGUCCGAUCAUGCAAACGGGACCGAGUACGUCAGCGCAUGCGACCGAUACAGAUGAUGGUCAGCAAAUAAGGCGCAAGACUAAGGGUAGGCCUACUCGUGAACGGGUGAAAAGUGGCGCAAGUCGACGAAAGGUCAAAGGACCCGCGACCGGGCGCAUGAAGCUUAGAAACCCGAGAGGCUCCGACACAGAUACGUCUGGAAAGAGAUAUCCGACACCUGAACGCAACGAUUGGAAUGACAAACGUAGACGACUAUUGACUGACUCGGAGACUGACAUUCCUAUAAAGAAGUGUUUCGCACCAGAUACUAGCGACUUGACUAGCCAGUCUGGAAUGGACGUAUCUGACUCAGACUGGGACAGAGAAGUCAAAGACAGAGGGAGCGACAUAUCUGACUCAUCGACAGACUUGACUGUAGGCCAAAACUGGUGGAAUGAUCCGAAGCAGGGCAAUGCUCAAACGCUCGAUCAGAUCAGAUACUGCUUGAUUUAUCGGAAAAGAAGGACAAACAUAUGUCUGACUCCUCUUCUUUGA